CCGGGAUAUCCGGAAGUGUUACCCGCCGAUCGUCUUGAGUUGAUUUAAAAAGGGAUUGUCAGGCCUGUAGAAAAUCCCACUGAAAAAUCAAUCCACAGUUAUUUUUCUUGUGCAUACGGAAAUGUCGACGAUCUACACCAACCCCAUAAUUCCUGGUUUCGCUCCUGACCCAUCGGUGGUCUUCGUCGACAAUACCUUCUUCCUUGUCAACUCCUCUUUCCAUGUAUUCCCCGGGCUUCCUAUCUAUGCUUCAAAGGAUCUUCAGGCAUGGACGCAAAUUGAAGGAAACGCUUUCAACAGAAAGAGUCAGAUAGACCUCUCCAACGCGACCACCGACUCUUUUCCCAUCGGUCCGAAUAAGAAUCUUGUCGCUGCGUUAGGCCUAUUUGCGCCGACGAUUCGGUGGCACAAUGGAGUAUUUUACAUUAUCUGUACAAAUGCGGUUCGCCCAGAGGGCGGGGAAUUUCGCACCGAUAACUUCAUUAUCUCAACAAGAGACAUCUGGGCCAAUGAAUGGAGUGAUCCUAUAUGGUUCGUACUCGAUGGAAUUGACCCAAGUUUGUUCUUUGAUGAUGUUACUGGCAAGGUGUACGUUCAGGGAUCAUACAGAGAUGGGGAUAUAGGUGCUCAAAAGUGUUCAAUCCGACAAUUUGAGAUCGAUAUCACUUCAGGAAAAAAGCUCUCUGAGACUAGACCCCUGUGGGGAUAUGAGCUGGCUGCCACAGCUGAAGGUAUCGGCGAUAUUGAAGGUCCCCAUCUCUACAAAAAGGAUGGGUAUUACUAUCUGCUAGCUGCAGAUGGUGGUACAUUUGAAACCCACAAAUCUGUGAUCGCACGGUCUAGGGACAUCUGGGGUCCGUUUGAAGUCUACAAGAACAAUCCUGUGCUUACCGCUGCUGGAACAAAUGAGUAUGUCCAGAACGUUGGACACGCUGAUCUGUUCCAAGAUGGAGCUGGAGCAUGGUGGGCUGUUGCUCUAGGAGUGAGAAAUGAGACUGGCGGUAGAUCACCGAUUGGACGAGAAACGUUUUUGAUCCCCGUGGAAUGGCCUGUUGGAGAAUGGCCUGUAUUUGGUCGCGCAAAAUUGCAAUUUGAAAGAGCCGCUGUGUCUUCUCAACCUGGCAAGAAGGAACUGUUGUUGUCCACAAAGCGGGUGGAUGAUGUCUAUCUUCGCGACGCCAAUUUAGAUGAUUAUGAAUUUUCCGACCAAGAGAAGUCCAUCAAGAUUACACCAAGUGCGAGAGGACUAUCGGCAACUCACGGUACUACAACAUUCAUCGGCAAAAGGCAAAGAUUUUCCAACUCCAUUGCUACCACAACUCUCUGCGUUCCCACCGAACCGCAUGUGAAGACCGGACUCUCCCUCUUCAAGGAGAAUUUUCGGCAUGUUGACAUUUGCUAUGACACAACUACACACAAGAUAACACUCGAGGCUUGCCUUAAAUUGAAGGGCGAACCCAAGGUGGUCGCAGAAGUUGCAGUUGCGGCCCAGAUAGUCCAAAUGAAAAUAUCUUCAUCUGCAGAGUCCUACGAAUUCUUCACCAGGGCUGAAACUUCCGAGGAAUGGGUGUUGCUUGGGUCAAUCGACGCACUGGACAUGACGGCAUGUGAUUUCACUGGGACUCUUCUUGGAAUUUUCGCCGUUACGGCGGCCCCCCCCCGGCAGGUCGCGGGUACUGUGAGAUUCGAAAACUUUGUUGUAUCUUGA